GUGCAUUAAUGAUAAAUCAACAAAUUAAUGAAACCAGUGAAAACGAAAUUUCGAUUCUUGGAAAUGGCCAAAAAUAAACUAGACUAGACUCUAGAUCUAUGUUAUAUAUUGGAUUAGAUCAUCAUCUCUAGUUAGUUUAGAUUCUAGUUAGUACACAAAUUGCUAUGGCCUUAGUGACUUGGUCUUGAUAAAGCUCUUUGAAAAUGACUGAAGAUGACAUCUUUGAUGCCAGUGAUGAUAUGUUUGAGGAAUCUGAGUCAGAAGAAAGUCAAGUACCCUCAAAGCAAGGGCAGGCUCAAAGUAGCUUGGGAUCUUUUCUGUCAAACGUUUCUAUGGACAUUUCAGAUAACAGUAUGAUAACAGAUCAGGAUACAGGACAGGUUUUAGAGGAAGAAUCCAAAGGACAUAAUUUAAAUAAGGAAUCUAAUACUAACAAUGAAAACUACCAAAUUAAGUCAUGUUUUGAUGACAUGACUCAAGAAAACAAAAAUAUGUUAUCAGAGGAUUCUGUUGUGAUUUCAGCUCAAAGUCCUGUUAAUGACCCAGCUCUAAGUUCUGUUGACUACCAAACUCAAAGCCCUAUUGAUGACCCAGCUCUAACUUCUAUUGACUACCAAGUUCAAAGUCCUAUCGACGACUCUGCUAGUAUUAGUCUACAUGGUGAACAACCUUUCAACUCAACACUUUUGAAGCAAAACAUUCCGAGUGAAUUAAAUAUUAAUAAUGAAGUUGCUCAAUCAUUCAUAGCUUUUCCUGAUCAAGUCAAUGCAGGCUGCAUGUCACUGAAUGACAAAAGACAACUUAAAACAGAUUUGGUUUUUGAAGACCAAGACAAACAAAGCCUCCCCAUCACAUGCCCUUUUUGUGGUACUUGUCAGGACAGCAUAAACACAUUAGAAGUUCACAUACAGCUCUCACAUCCAGAAAAUGGAAAUGUGGAAAUAGAUGUUGCAACUAACACCUGUGACAGUGAUAACGGUUACUGUUUUCUUGGGGUAUGUCCCUACUGUGAUAUAGACCUGGGUGACACACUGACUCUGCAGGUGCACAUAAACACGGUUCAUGAAGAUGAUUGCAGCGACAAAGCUGUAACAGAGUUCAACUGUCCACUUUGUGAUACAGUCUGUUCAUCCGAUCAUGAUAUGAAACAUCACUUGGAGACACACAGCAAUGAUGGCACUGUUUAUGGAGUCAGCCUGUGUCCAGAAGUAUCUUCCGUGAUGCCUUGCCCUGUAUGUGGUUUAACCUUGACAGAUUCUGACCUUAUGAACUCACAUGUUGAAAGUCAUUUUAAUCCACAACACUCACUAGGCGUGGAUUUGGUACCAAAUUCUUUUUCUGGUAAUUCUAUACAACUGAAUGCUAAUAAAUUCUUAAUUGAUUCAGAAUCGCCAAAAAGUAAUGAGAAUGAAGAGAAAAAAGAAAAUCCUAAUACAGUGGCUAGAAACCCCAGCAUCAUCUCUUCAGCAUCUAAUGCAGACAGGAGUGGCUUGACUAGAGAUAAUACUUUGCCGUCGUCCAGCAAAAACAGUUUCCAGUCAUCUAACAGUGGUGGUAGUUUUAGCUACAGGAAACAGUAUGAACAGAACCUUCAGAAGGCCGUCUUCAGGGGUCAGGUCUCAGUACCAGAUUACCAUGAACAAAUGAGGUCAAUGGCACAGAAUGAUUUGAGGGGAGUUGACGAUGGCAGCACAAGAGUUACAGGCUUAAUUCAGAAAUUAGAAACCCUCUACAGAACACAAGCCAGACAAGGUCAGAGUGCCAUAUUGUGCUCUCCUGCUGACCAUUACUCAGCUUCCUAUGGGGACAAAGGCUGGGGAUGUGGCUAUCGCAACUUUCAAAUGAUACUCUCCUGUCUCUCUUCAUCACCAGAGUUUGCUGCUAAAAUAUUUCCAGACCAGCAAAAAAGCAUUCCUUCCAUUCCUAAAAUUCAAGAGAUGAUUGAAUGUGCGUGGAAAAAUGGAUUUGAUCGACAAGGCUGUCUGCAGCUUAAUGGAAAGCUUGUCAACACCAAAAAAUGGAUUGGGGCCACAGAAAUAGUUGCCACACUUUCUUACUUGGGUAUUAAGUGUCAACUUAUUGACUUCCAUGCACCAUCUUCAGAUGACGGGACCCAUCCUAGGCUUCUGGAGUGGGUCAGUGACUACUUCAGAACUACUCAGAUCAAUGGAUUGGGCAGACCACCUCUCUACUUACAGCACCAAGGUCAUAGUCGCACAAUAAUUGGAGUUGAGUUUGACAGAAGAGCUACCAAGUUAUUGCUCUUUGAUCCUGGUACACCCAGAGAUGAACUUGCUCGACUAGCCAGAGGUUCACUUGGCUGGAAAGAUCUUAGAACUUUUCGCAGGACUCAAGCCGGUUUUAGAGCCAAGCAAUAUCAGAUAGUAGCUGUGAUAGGAUUGUUAUCCCAAGCAGAAUACAAUAGCAGCAAGAUACUGAAAUCUGAAAGAAUAGACUGAGUGUGACAACAUACCAGGGCAAUCAAUGCACAGACUAUUGUUCGGGGUGAUACAUAAGUGCAUUUAUUUACAGCUGUCAUCAUCUUUAUACACAAAGUAAAACAAAAACAUUUUUUAGAACAAAGUAUUGAAUACAAAAUAAAUGAUUAAAUGUUCACAGAACCACCAUCCAUUUCAUUGUAACUGUGAGUAUUGUACACAAUGAUUUGCUUCUCUGCCAUGUAAAACUUAUGAAUGUUGACUGGAAUAAAAACAAUUUCAAUAGA